ACGAUAGAUGAAGACUGGAGGAACCUGGUUGGUUAUGCCUGCUAAUUGGCCAAGGCUUGCUGUCUUCAGGACCCAGACAUUUUUCAAAUAAAUGGAGAAAUAUGAUGGAUUUCAGAAAAAUCAAGGUGCUUGUUUGCCUUGUGGGGCUCAGCUGUGGCAGCUUAUAUUAUUUUUACAUGAAUUUGACCGGACUGUCUGUAUUCUAUGGCAAAAAACAAAAUUGUACGCUACAAACAUUUCAGAAAAUUGAAGAAAACUUCUUGCAGCUCCCAGAUAUAGACUGCCGUAAGGACCCACCUUUCCUUGUACUACUUGUGGCAUCCUCAUGUCAAGACAUCGAUGCCAGGAUGGUCAUCCGGCAAACCUGGGGGAAGGAGAGAACGGUGGCUGGCAAGCAUCUAGUGACAUAUUUCCUCUUGGGAACCCCUGUGAAUCUUAGGCAGCAGGCUGACAUCAGUGCUGAAAGCCAAAAAUACAAAGACAUUAUUCAAAAGGAUUUUAUGGACACAUACUACAAUUUGACUUUAAAGACCAUGAUGGGAAUUGAAUGGGUUCACCAGUUUUGUAACCAGUCCAGCUUUGUGAUGAAAACUGACACAGAUGUGUUUGUCAAUGUUUUUUACCUCACUGAGCUGCUUCUAAAGAAAAAGAGGAAAACAGGGCUUUACACAGGCUUUGUGAAACUGCAUGAGAAACCCAUAAGGGAAAAAAAGAGCAAGUGGAAUGUGAGGAUAGAAGAAUACUCGGGUAACACCUACCCACCAUUUUGUUCAGGGACUGGGUAUGUUUUAUCCACCGAUGUUGCUAGUCAGAUCUAUCAUGUUUCAGAGAGCAUUUCAUUCAUCAAACUGGAGGAUGUGUUCGUAGGACUGUGCCUUGACAAAUUAAAAAUUCAGCCUGAGGAGCUUCAUUCAGAACAGACAUUUUUUCCACAAAAGAUUCCGUUCUCUGUUUCUCGUUUUAAGAAAAUCGUGACUUGCCAUGAAGUAAGCUUAUCCGAGCAGCAGAGCUACUGGAAUCAUUUAGUGACAGAAGAACAUGCGAGAGUGCUCUAGCACCUUCCCUGAUUGAAUUAACAAACUGAAAUGCUUAGAAUUUACAGGGCCCCAGCAAAACUCACAAUUAAUUCUAGAUCCAUUACGUCGAAGACAUUUCUUACGGUUUUAGUCCCCAUUUCUGCCUCAGAGCAUUGUAACAUCUUUCUCUCCCAUUCCUUUCUACCUCUUUCCAUCCCUUCUUUACAUAAGCAACUUCUUUUUUUUUUUUUUUUUUUCCUUUUUCUGGAAGACAGGGGGGCCACAAAGGUGCCUUCUCCAUGGACUAGCUCUCAAAAUCAUGCUGCUACUGGACAGGGAGUAUUUCUGCGGUGCAAAAACAAACAAAAAACAAGGUACUUUCAUUUAGAGAAAAUAAUUGCACCCUCUUUCUGAUCUCUCUUAAGAGAUUACUGCAUGUGUUUCCAUCUGGACAGGCAUUUAAGAAAAGUUGCUUGUAGCUGUCGAGAUGUUCCCCUCCUGGCAUAGGGUACUGUAGCCAUGCACUUGCAGAACUGUGUAGUGGCAGAGAUAUCCCAUUCAGCCUACACAGAUUUUCUUUCUGAAGUGGAAGAAUUUGCCCAUGAAGAACUUUUGGGACAACUUUAGGUAUAGGAAGUCACUUUAUUAAUGUGUAAGACUACUGCGUUAUUUCCUUAUUCGUGCCUCCCAAUGGAAAUGAUUGUGUGAUAGAGCUGGAUCUAUAUCACAGAAUCAACCACAGACUGUUUGAGGCUGGCAGUGAACUCCGGAGGUCAUCUGGCCCAACCCUAGCUUCAGCAGGGACUUUCAGGGUUGGGUGCUGUAUGGGAACUUCUGAGUCACGGCCUGAACCUCUGAUUGAUCACCUGAGACGAGCAAUGAGUCAGCCGGAGGAGCACAGGUGAAUUGCCUUCACCUGUGCUGCUGGAAGGGGUGAAGCCUGGCUGCACCUCUCCUAGACCCAUUCAAGAGCUGGUUACCAGUGGGGAAGGAUCUCUUCUGGAGAUCUGCUCUGCUGGAGUUUUGUAAGUGAGCCUAGGAUAGGGGUAAGCUUUCUAUUUAUUCUCCUUUUGUUAUCAUAAUCUGCUAAUCUGCUUUGCUAAGCUCUCUUUGUUUAUUUCAUAGUUAUCCAAAUAUUCAUUGAUUAUACAGGUGCUAGGCAGCUUCUGAAGAUCUCCAAGAAGGAGACUCCACAGCCUCUCUGGGCAACCUGUGCCAAUGCUCUGUCACCUGUACAUCACAGAAUAUCCCUUACUGUAGGGAGAUAAACAGCCAUGCAUGAUUAGCAAGAAAAACUCAGAACAUCUUUAGGAUAUUUUAAGGUUUCAUAAAUAAGGAGUUGAACCCUUACAGCAGAUAUGGUGGAAAAUACAUUUGGGUUCUGGGAAGGGAAUAAGGAGUUCAUAAAAUCAUGCCUUAUGCAGUACUCCUAUUUCAUUGAAUUGCACACAAAGAUCAGUUUUACCAUCAAAGAAGUAGUAAAAAUGUGAAGUUGGAAUACAAGUCUUAUGAGGAGCAUCUGAGGGAACUGAGAUUAUUCAGUAUUGAGAAGAGAAGGCUCAGGGGACACUUCAUCACUCCCUACAACAACCUGGAAGGAGGCUGUGGAGAGGUUGGCCUCUUUUCCUAGUUAGUAACAGUGAUAGGAUGAGAGAGAAUGGCCUCAAGUUGCAUGGGGGGGGGGUGUUCAGGUUGAAUAUUAGGGAAAACUAAUGCUCAGAAAGAGAGGUGAGACACUGGCUCAAGUAAAGUUAGGGGACUAAUGGGUAAUUAGAAUGGGUGAAAAAGCAAGUACUGUCAGCCUUCCUGAGACUUUUUGAGGAAGUCAUAUGGAAAGAUCCAGCAACAAAAACAGCAAGGAGUGAUUAGAUGUUUUGGUCUUUCAGGGUUUCCAUGACAUAUUUUCUAACAGAAUUUCUGAAUUAUGAUUAUUGUGAUACAACAUUCUGUUAGUUUGGUUUUGUUUAUUUUUCUUAUUUCUGUUCUUUUUAUUUAUCUUAGUGACAACUGUGUAAGUGUCCUUUUUCACUUCCCUGUGCCUGAAGAGCAGGAUGAAUAUUUUCAGCAGGAACAAGCCCCAUCCUGAUAGAUGUUGAGAGUGCAUUUUCUUCUGACAUAAAGUAAAUGAAAGUCAUGCACUGUUUUUUGGCAGCUGAUAAUGAAAAAAAAAUUAUUUUUUUUUAGAAGAAUAACCUGCUCUAUUUUAAGUUGCUCAUUCAGAAAAUAGCUACAUGUAUGGUAUCAGCAGGGACAUGGCUAACCAGGUGGUUGGGUAGGUAGCAAAGGAGAUGUUUGCCUUCCCCUAGCACAUACAUCCAGGCUGAAACAAAAGCAUCUCCAGCUUGGAGGUAUAUCUGCUCUUGGACUCAAAACCCUGUUAUAGCACACUUGCUUUUGUUCCAGCCUUCAGUAGGUGCAAAGGCUUAGACUGAACAAGCCUAACAGCAGCAUUUAAGUCAUUAUUAUUUCCAUGUAAAUUGUAGAAAUGUCAUUUUUCUUUGCUGUUCAUUGUUUGUCAUUAUUGUACCCAAGGUGCAAGCUUGCUAUUGUACUACUGGAAUUACUGCAUUCAGUUCUGAGGCUCCCAGCAUAAGAAGGACAUGGAGCUGUGCAGGGUGGUCCAGGGCAGAGGCACAAGGAUGUUCCUCUCUGAAGUAAGGUUGAUGGAGCUGGGCUUGUUAACCUGGAGGAGGCUCCAGAGAAACCUUAUAGUGGUGUUCCAGUACCUAAAGGGGGCCUACAGGGUCUGCAGCUGAGGAUAGACACUUUAUCAGGGAGUGUAGUGAUAGGACAAGGUAUAACAGUUUUAAUGCGAAAGAGGGGAGAUUUAUAAUAGGUUUAAGGAAGAAAUUACUUGCUAAGAGUGUGAUGAGGCACUGGAACAGGCUGUCCGGAGAAGCUAUGGAUGUCCCAUCCCUAGAGGUCAGUGAAUGGCCUCAACUUGUGCCAGGGGAGGUGCAGAUUGGUUAUUAGGAAAAAAGAGAAGGAAUGGUGAGGCAUUGGAACAAGCUGCCCAGGGAGGUAGUGAAGUCACUGUCCCUGGAGGUGUUCAAGAAAUGUAAAGAUGUGGCACUGAGGGACAUGGUUUAGUGGGCAAUACUAGUGGUAGAUAGUUGGACUAGAUGAUCUUAGAGGUCUUUUCCAACCUUAAUGAUUCUGUUAUUCUAAGGCAAAUUUAAGGAAAAGUAUUAAGCACAAAUGAAUGCUUUCAUGUCUCUCUCAGUUCCCAGGCUUGUAGAGUAGACAGUGCAGCUUAAUGUUUACCCUGGCCUCUUCUGGUACUCAAGAGAAAUACUCCUAGAGCCCCUUGUGCGUCUCUCAUCCCUUCUGUUCACUGCAGCAUGUGCUUCACUUCCACCUCUGUGCCUGGCACCAGCUGUCAGGACCAGUCCAACCAAACUAUCCCAGAGAGCCUUUGGCUAGGCAGAUGAGUUUGCUUAUUAUCUUCCACUUGGUGUUGUGAUUCAAGAGGCAUGUGGCUCCUGGGAUGGUGCUGCUGCUGGUCUUCUGUCAGGCUGAGCUUGUGGCCAAAGGAUAAAGUCUCCCAUUAGGAGACUGCUUUGUGGGAUGUCUGCUGUUGAGCAGCAUUAAAAUACAUCUUACUUGAACAGAUUGUGGCCUUGUAUCAUUGCAGAAAUGUUACCUAUGACAGCAGGCUCUGCUAGCUUUCUUGUCUACAGGUUUUAUUUUAGUUCAGGAAUGUUGCUAACUAAUUAGGGAAGAUGAUGGUACUCUGUGUUAAUCACAUUUGCAGAAGCUAUCCCUAUAUUUUCAGGGCUAAGUUCAUUGUUACUGUGCCAUUUGUUGUUAGGUCCUCAGGUGUGUUUAAACAAAACACUCCUUUCUGGAUGUUGUUUCCAGGGAGCAUAUUUGAAAUUUCUAUGAAACCUCUGCAAGAUGCCUACAAAUUACUGCAUUUGUAAUAUUUUGUCCCCUCCAAAUAUAUGUUGUUACACAUUUAAUGGCCUAACUGAAACAUUUCCCUUGCCACUACUAAGUCUGCAAUAAGGAGAAAAUCAGUAUAGAAUGAAAUGUGAUGGAUUUAGGCAGCUUGUUCCUAUUCUCAUUGCAAAUUAGUUUCCAAAGUGGACGCUUCAGGUUGCUGCACAUUAAUUUUCUCAACAUAUGAUUUUCUGUUAGCUCACAUAAAUUAGGAAUUGAUUUCAUAAUCCUUCCCAUUCAGUAUGUUGCUUCGAAUAAGAAUGUAAUAAAUAAUUAAUUGUAUAGUAUGAUUCUGCUGUAAAAGAUGAUUUAAGAAAACUAACCGGUUGCAUGUAAGGCAAAUUUAUCUGUUUAUUCAAAUGCAGCCACUGAGCUUGUCAGUUUAUAUGUAUCAGCUAAAUGAAACUAGCUUUUGCUGCUUAGGCCAUGGAUCAUGGCUUUUAAUACAAUCAAAACUCUUUAGUAGCCUUUUGCCAAAUUAUGUGUAUUUUCCUAUGAAAGACCACCAGAGAAAGAUUGGAAAUAUAACUAAGACAGCAAACAAAAUACUGCAGUGUACAUCUACUUAUCUCUUUUUAGGUUUUUAUAGAUUAAUACAAGAACUGAGAUAAAUUGUUAGCAGUUUAUCCACACAAAUCUAGAAUUUUUAUGUUUCUUGGGAAGGAAGAUCAUUUAACUUUUUCAUGAAUAGAUUUAGAAAGUUACUCUAAAAAGUUACUCCAGCACUUCUCACUGAGUAACAAGGACUGCAGGAAUCAACAGAGCUGUCAAUGUCUUAGAGAGGUUAAGUGUGUUUCAGCAUACAUACAGUAUAUUUCCAACACGAGAUGAGUUUUGGAACACAGAAAAAUAAGUACAUUUUUUGCAAUUCUAAGCAUCAGUUAACCUGAUCUCAACUUAGGUUAGGAUUUUCCAAUGUGUCCAUGAAACAUACCUGAUUCAGCACUACUGAGGAGGCAUUUGCCCUUUCUUUUUUUGAGAAUUUGAGAAAGACUUUUGCAAUCAAACAUUUGCCUUAGUAAAAGCUGAGUGGGAUACAAGGGCUAACUGUCUAUCAUGGAUCUGGCAAGGGCGUUAUCCUUCUUGGAUGUGUCCAGGAUACUGGGUAAUGUUAAUAAAAUACCAUGUGAUAAUGUUUGCAUUAUUUGCAUAGAACCUAAGAAUGUUGAUCUAACCAAUGUAUGGUAUUUUAGUAAACUAUUUUGUUACCAGAAAUCUGUGUGUUAACUUUUUUUUUUUGUGAAUGUAUUAUCAUUUUGGUAUGUAAUUAAGUUAGGAGGCUUGUUCUUUUUUCAGUCACAAAGGAUUUUCUCCCCUAAAAUACUUAUUUUGUACUUCCUAAAGUAGGAGUUGUUGGUUCUUCUUCCUAAGGCAAGCACAAAACUCCCAUGAAUGACAAAGUGACUGAGAAUGGGAGUACUUUCCCAAGAAUUAAGCAUGCAGUCGUGCCACACAACUGUCUUGUCAUUAACGAUCUGCACAGUGUGCACCUCUAAGUCAAAGGCAUCUGCAAACAAAGCCUUAUAAGCCAGCAAUGAUUUGAAAAUGGAUUUUUGUUUUCAAAAUGACAAGAGUGUCAAGUGCACGAUUAUUAAAACCAUAACAAAGACAUGUAUAUGCAAGGUAUAGGACAUCCAGCCCCAGAAAACAGGCCUGUAUUUUGCACAGAUUCUGGCUGAGAAAACAUAUUUUUUUCCAACUCUGAUAAGAUAGGAGUGCAAGGCUAUCCUUUAAAAAAAAGUUUGUUCAAGUAUAUUUUCUCUGGAAAAUAUAAUUAGACAGUUUCUUUGGUUGAGAGAUCUCUUUGCCUCAUGUUUCACAAACUCAAGAGUCCAUUAAUGUGGAAAAAAAAAUCCAAGUCCCAUCUCUGGAUCUCUGCAACUGAACCAUUUUCUGAUAUCCCUUGCAUCUGGCUGCUGAUCCAUCCUGACCUUGUUUAAUAUAUGGCUCUGGGUGCAGGGUGAGAGGCACGUGUAAUCAGCUUCCUAUUCUUCUGUUGCCAAAAGCACUUAGGAAUCAGAGCCACCAUUACACUUACAAAAUGUCGGUGUACAGCUGUAGGCGCAGAAUGUCAUAAAUUAGUUAUGUGGUGUGAUUUACACCUCCAGCUUGUAGAUCUUCCAGGCAGCUACAUUCCCUUCAUGUUUAAUUUAAUCGUUAUUGCUGCAAUAGUGAUUGUAAGUAAAUGUUUGACUCUGGUGCAUAAAGGGACCUGAAGGCUUUACAUGUGCUUCUGUUAACAGAGGUGCAAUGAGGGAAUUACAGAGGGAACAGAGCCUGGAGGCAAGAGUAGGAGUGAGCUGCUGUGUGUGUGAGCAGUGCAGCUUGCUCCUGCUGGGGCAAGGAGACAGCUAAGGAAUAGUACUUGGUGCUGGUGGGGAGAGCUUAGUGCUGGGGUGAGGAUGUGUGAAGGCACCAAAGGCUGUGCUCUCCUGGUCCCUCAAUAGUGAAAUACUGGCACAGGCUGCCCAGAGAGGUGAUGGAAGCCCCAUCCCUGGAGACACUCAAGGCUGGAUGGGCUCUGAGCCUGAUGUACCUAUAGGUGUCCCUGCUCAUUGCAGGGGAGUUGGACCAGAUGGCAUUUAAGGGUCCCUUCCAACUCAAAUGAUUCUGAUUUUGAAGGUCUUGUCCUCUUAU